AUGUGUGUGGAGGAGGUGUGUGUGUGUGAGGAGGUGUGUGUGGAGGAGGUGUGUGUGUGUGUGGAGGAGGAGGUGUGUGUGUGGUGGAGGUGUGUGUGUGUGUGGAGGUGUGUGUGUGUGUGGAGGUGUGUGUGUGUGUGGAGGAGGUGUGUGUGUGGAGGAGGUGUGUGUGUGGAGGAGGUGAGUGUGGAGGAGGUGUGUGUGUGUGUGGAGGAGGUGUGUGUGGAGGAGGUGUGUGGAGGGGUGUGGAGGAGGUGUGUGUGUGGAGGAGGUGUGUGUGUGGAGGAGGUGUGUGUGGAGGAGGUGUGUGGAGGAGGUGUGGGGAGGGUGUGUGUGUGUGGAGGAGGUGUGUGUGUGGAGGAGGUGAGUGGAGGAGGUGUGUGUGUGGAGGAGGUGUGUGUGGAGGAGGUGUGUGGAGGAGGUGUGUGUGGAGGAGGUGUGUGGAGGAGGUGUGUGUGUGUGUGGAGGAGGUGUGUGUGUGGAGGAGGUGAGUGGAGGAGGGUGUGUGUGUGGAGGAGGUGUGUGUGUGGAGGAGGUGAGUGUGGAGGAGGUGUGUGUGUGGAGGAGGUGUGUGUGUGGAGGAGGUGUGUGUGGAGGAGGUGUGUGUGUGGAGGAGGUGUGUGUGGAGGAGGUGUGUGGAGGAGGUGUGUGGAGGAGGUGAGUGGAGGAGGUGAGUGGAGGAGGUGA